AUGGUUGGUGUAUUUAAUCGCUACCGCUCAAUUCCUAAUUCCACUCAUUCUCUCUCACUGCUGAUAGCUGACGACGCCGCUGAGGCGGUGAAUCACGGCGCAGCCGCCAUACUGGUGUCCAAUCACGGCGCCCGACAGAUUGACGGAGAACCAUCAACGAUCGAGUGCCUGCCGGAAGUGGUGCGUGCUGUGGCGGGCCGCUGCGAGGUGUACCUGGAUGGUGGCGUGCGCUGCGGCACCGACGUCGUCAAGGCGCUGUGCCUCGGUGCAAGGGCCGUGUUCAUCGGCAGGCCCGUGCUCUGGGGGCUUGCUUUCAAGGGCAAGGAAGGCGUGGACCAAGUACUGACCAUCUUGCGCUCGGAGCUGGACCGCGCCAUGGGACUUCUGGGUUGCCGCACCAUUAGCGACCUCACUCCAGACCUGGUGGUUCGCGAGGAGCGUUUUUCCAGGCUCUGACUCGCCUACUAUAUUCCCAUCAUUCUUUCAAUAAAAGCGGUAAUGGGGA